AAUCAUCUUUCAAGCUCACUGAUCUUUGUGUUACAAGUUUCAUAGCUACUUGUUUUUGUUUCGUAAGAAUAUUGCAUGAGUGAUGAAUUCAGAGAUAUUGGUUGCUCUUUCUCUUUCGCUCCUUGGUGGAUUAAGUACAUCUUUAGGUGCGCUUUUCGUGAUUUUAGCUAAAGCUCCAAACUUGAAGAUACUUGGACUUUUACAGUUCUUUGGAGGUGUGAUUUUCUUUGCCUGUAUUGCUCACUUCAUUCCAGAGCCAUCACUUGCUACCACAUCAGUGUCGAAAAAUAAAAAGAAACAAGUGGCUGAAGGGGGCCGGGAUAUUAUGAAAAAACAUCGUCGCCAAGUUUUAUUUGGUGGAGUUAUAACAGCAGUUGGCAUAAGCUUACAUAAUUUUCUAGAAGGAAUGGCUGUUUUCCUUGGAUCACUUAAAGGUCUUCGUGUUGGUCUUAACCUGGCCUUAGCCAUAGCUUUGCACAAUAUCCCUGAGGGUGUUAGUGUUGCACUUCCAGUUUAUCAUGCAACACAGAGCAAAUGGCAGGCGUUUAAAUUGGCAACGAUUUCAGGUCUUGCUGAGCCUUUGGGUGUCAUUAUUGUAGCGUAUCUCGUCCCAAGUAGCCUAGAUCAUGAGAUUCUAGAGGGACUGCUAGGAUCAGUUGGUGGAGUUAUGGUCUUUUUAACACUACAUGAAAUGCUGCCGUUAGCGUUUAAUUAUGCUGGACAGAAACAAGUUGUUAAGGCUGUCUUCUUUGGAAUGGUAUUCAUGUCUGCAAGGUAAAACAUGUUGACUUUUAUGGUCAAACAUUACAAUCUUUAAUCUAAACCGAUCAUGAUUUUAUUAUCGAUAGAGAUCACGAUUAAAUUAUCCGCAUGUCCUUUUUUAUGUAGUUUAACACUGGAUCUUUUUUUCCUUAGAAUCCGAACAACAUAUAUAUGGAUUAUGGAACCUUAAAUUUUCUUAUUUGACCACAGAAGUCAAAAGUUGUAUACAAAUGGGAAUGAACUUUUUUCAACUUAUUUGUUCAUGUUUCACAGUUUGUAUUUUCUAGAGACCAGCUUACCCUCAGAUGUGAGCUUAUAGAUGCAGAUUCUUUUAUUUGUAAAAUGUUGAUUAAAAGCGCGAUAUAAUCUUUGUUCGGCUCUCUUGAAAAUAUGAAAGUGUAACAAGUAGAGCAAAGGAUUUAGAAAAUGUACAUGUACAUGUACAUAUACAUAUAUGAUGCUGUUAUUAUCUGAACUUUACAAGAACU